UGACCCUUUAUAAACCCGGCGGACAAUCAAAGCUCCUCUCAGUCCAGAAGGACGACAACAACAACAACAACAGCGGCGCCAUCGGCGCCACCAGCGAAGACUACGAGAACUAUGACGAGCUGGUCGCAAAGUCGCUGCUCAACCUUGGCAAGAUCGCAGAAGACGCCGCCUACCAGGCCAUGACCGAGUCUGAGAUGAACAGCAACUCCUCCAACAGCGGCGGGGAGGACGAGGACGAGGACGACGGCAGCGAGUGCGGGGACAGGAAGGGUGAGCUGAGCGUGGACCUGGACAGCGACGUCGUCAGGGAGACGGUCGACUCCCUCAAGCUGCUCGCGCAGGGCCACGGCGCCGUGCUGCCCGAGGACGGCUACACGGAGGUCGCCGCGGCGGACGAGGGGCGGGGCGUGGUGGGGAUGAGGGCGGAGGAGAACGAGGAGGGGGUGUGUCUCAGCAGCCUGGAGUGUCUAAGGAACCAGUGCUUCGAUCUGGCUCGCAAACUCAGCGAGACGCAGCCGUGUGACCGCGCCGGACACCUGAUCCACCAACAGCUGCAGCACGCCGCCGACCAGCAGGUGGCGCACCACCAUGCUCACCACCACCACCACCACCACCACAGCAGGUACGAGAGCUGCCACCAGGGGGCGCCAGAGGAGCCCCGCUCCGCGGAGCACCACUACUCAGACAUGGUGAACCUGUUGAAGCUGGAGGAGCAGCUGAGCCCGGCAUCGCGCGGUUACCCCACCAGCUGCAGCCAGGAGGGCGACGAGGACACCACGUCCGUGGCGUCCGACCGCUCCGACGAGACCUUCGACAUGGCCAAGGGGAACCUGUCGCUGCUGGAGAAGGCCAUCGCCCUGGAGUCCGAGAGGGCAAAGGUCAUGAGGGACCGCAUGGCCUCGGAGCACGCCGGGCACAGCCCGAGGCUGAGCAGCAGCGCCGAGGACCGCAGGUCCAGGAUGCACCACGACGGGCUGAAGAGGGCGUAUUACCCUAAAGAUUCUUCCAGGGGGGACAAGAAGGAGAGCAAGUGUCCGACGCCGGGCUGCGACGGGACGGGUCAUGUGACGGGUCUGUACCCGCACCACCGCAGCCUCUCCGGGUGUCCACACAAAGACAGAGUCCCACCUGAGAUUCUUGCCAUGUAUGAAAAUGUUUUAAAGUGUCCUACUCCCGGCUGCUCCGGACGGGGCCAUGUCAAUAGCAACAGGAACUCACACCGCAGUCUGUCUGGUUGUCCCAUCGCUGCUGCAGAGAAGAUGGCAAAGGUCCAUGAGAAAAGUCACCUGACCGACAGCGGCAGUAAAUCAAACCAGACGUCGGACCGCGUCCUCAGGCCGAUGUGCUUCGUCAAACAGCUGGAGAUUCCUCAGUACGGCUACAAGAACAACGUCCCGACCACGACGCCACGCUCCAACCUGGCCAAGGAGCUGGAGAAAUACUCCAAGACCAGCUACGACUACAGCGGCUACGACGGCCAGCACGCCGCCGGCUACGGCAAGAGAGGCCUGACCGCCAAGUCCCAGCACGGGCGAGACACGCCCCCUAAGGGCUUCGAUGUCAAGCGCUUCUGUAAGACGUCGAGUCCGGCGAGCAGCACGACCAGCAGCUACGCUCCGAGCAGCAGCAGCAGCCUGAGCUGUGGGGGAGGCGGAGGAGGGGGCGGGCUCAGAGGCGGAGGAGGGGGCGGAGGCAGCAGUGCCAGCAGCACCUGCAGUAAGAGCAGCUUCGACUACACCCACGACAUGGAGGCGGCGCACAUGGCGGCCACGGCCAUCCUCAACCUGUCGACGCGGUGCCGGGAGAUGCCGCACGCUCUGGGCGUGAAACAGAGUCCGGUGGACGACCUGGACGACAGCGGCGCGGUGGACGUGGCCGGUCAGCCCGGGGGUCCGGAGGGCAGCGGGACGGUGUUGACCCCCCUGCAGCCCAUGUCCCCGCAGCGUCAGGCCCUGCUGAGCAGCCGCUGCUACCAGCUGAGCGAGGCCGACUGCUGGGACCUGCCCGUCGACUACCCCAAGAUCAAGCGCCUGGGAGACGAGCAGGAGCACAAGGAGUCGCUCUAUUUCUCGUCCCUGCACCAGAGCGACGAGCUGGACCCGUUCCAGGAGCUGCUGGACGAGCAGCGCUACCCGACCGAGGUGACCACGCCCAGCCCCAAACACCACAAGUACCCGCCGUGCAAGGAGAGCAAGAAGGAGCUCAUCACGUUGUCCAGUUGUCAGCUCGCAGACAAGAACAUCCGCGGGAUGAUGACGACAAACUCGCAAGAGCUUAAGUGA